CGUUGCCGCCCCCCUGAUCCUCCUAGGGGCGCGCAGCGCAGGAGGCCGCGGCCCGAGCAGGAGCCGGGGCUCCGGGCAGCUGCACUGGCGGGAAUGGCGGCCGGGCCGGGCUGAAAGGAGCGGAGCCGCGUCUCGAGGCCGCCAUGAGGCUGCUGCGGGCUCUGCUGAGAGGCGCCUCCCCAGCCGGCCUCCCGCAGCAGGUGGAUUUCUACGCCCGCUUCUCCCCGUCGCCCCUCUCCAUGAAGCAGUUCCUGGACUUCGGAUCUGAAAAUGCUUGUGAAAAGACUUCGUUUAUGUUUUUGAGACAAGAGUUGCCUGUAAGAUUGGCAAACAUAAUGAAAGAAAUAAGUCUGCUUCCAGACAACCUGCUAAAAACACCUUCAGUUCAGCUGGUGCAGAGCUGGUAUGUCCAGAGUCUUCAGGAAAUCCUUGACUUUAAGGAGAAAAGUGCAGAAGAUUCAGAAGUUAUUCAUAGGUUUACAGAUACUGUGAUAACAAUCCGGAACCGACACAAUGAUGUAAUUCCUACAAUGGCUCAAGGUGUGAUUGAGUACAAGGAAAGCUUUGGUGUUGAUCCAGUGACCUGUCAGAAUGUGCAGUAUUUUUUAGAUCGUUUCUACAUGAGUCGCAUUUCAAUCAGAAUGCUCCUCAAUCAGCACUCUUUGCUGUUUGGUGGAAAAAUUAAAGUUAAUCCAGCUCAUCCAAAACACAUUGGAAGCAUUAAUCCUAACUGCAAUGUUGUUGAAGUUAUUAAAGAUGGCUAUGAAAAUGCUAAGAGACUUUGUGAUUUGUAUUACAUGAGCUCUCCAGAACUUGUGCUUGAAGAGUUGAAUGCAAAAUCAUCAGGACAACCCAUGCAAGUAGUAUAUGUACCAUCCCAUCUCUAUCACAUGGUUUUUGAACUUUUCAAGAAUGCAAUGAGAGCCACAAUGGAACACUAUACUGAUGGAAGCGUUUACCCUCCAAUUCAAGUACAUGCCACAUUAGGCAAUGAGGAUUUAACUGUGAAGAUAAGCGAUCGUGGUGGCGGUGUUCCGAUGAGGAAAAUUGAUGGACUGUUUAACUAUAUGUAUUCAACUGCACCACGUCCCCAUGUUGAGACAUCACGAGCAACACCUCUGGCUGGAUUUGGUUAUGGUUUGCCUAUAUCACGUCUGUACGCACAGUACUUCCAAGGAGAUCUGAAACUGUAUUCCUUAGAGGGGUAUGGUACAGAUGCAGUUAUCUACAUAAAGGCUUUAUCAACAGAAUCAAUCGAAAGGCUCCCUGUGUAUAACAAAUCAGCUUGGAAACAUUAUGUGGAAAACCAUGAAGCAGAUGACUGGUGUGUGCCAAGCAGUGAGCCAAAGGACAUGACCACAUUCCGCAGUAUAUAAUUGUACAACAGUCCAGAAAAAACAUUACUAACAGAUCGGCUAUAACAGAUUGCCUGCACUGAAGAUCUAUCCAAAGAAUACAAGAGAGUUUUCAUGUGGAAUUACUGAAGUAGAAACCUUUGCUACCCACAGCUUAACAUAAUCAAAAUGUAUGAGAACAAAAGUUCUGGGCCCCUAGCAAAGUAAUCCAAUGUAGAUAUUUCAAUAGUUUUCCUCCUCCACUGGCGGUGGUGGAAAUUAACUGUUUAGUAAAUUUCAGAGUGUGCAGUAUUUACUCCUAGUCAUGACAGUUGACUUGCUAUGUUUCAUUUACUUCACUACAGUAGCUGGUUCAAGAUAUUGAUUUUUAUAUAUACACAUCUUCAUUACUGUACUGAAAAAUAAUCACUGCCACUUGGCUGUUAAGUAUCAAAAGAAAAUUAAGCAGUUGCAGAUGUAGUGAAAUGGAUAGUUAUACUCUCUUGAAACACUGGGAUUCAACCCUAUAUUUAGAAUUUUUGGUUUGUGUGAUAAAAUUAAACUGCAAUGUGAUUUUUUUUUUAUCAUAUUGAAGCAAUAAAUGUGUCCAUUAAUGCAAUUUAGAAAAAUCCAACUUUCAGUUGACUUAUUCUUUGGGUGACUGGAGACUGAAAAAGUUCUAAGGAGUCAUCCAACCCUUUCGAGCCUCAAGUGCCAGGGAGGGAGGUUCUCUUUCAAAGAGUAACUCAUGCAGCACAACCAGUCACCUUAUCUGCACCUGUUCAACUGUCACAGUACUGCAGAGACAGGCUUGUGAAAGUACGGGCUGGUCUACACUGGGGGGGAAAUCGAUCUAAGAUAC